GUUAGCUAUACCAACAGGAGGAGCACUACUUUAUAAUUUUAAUAAAGUUCAACAAGGAUCAAUAAAUCAAUCCGAUUUUUCUUUGUAUUCAAAUGAUAAUAUUGAAAGGUUGAGAGGUGAAUGGAAAAAACAAAAUAAUGGAAUUGGUUUAAGAGAUGUUACUCGUUCUUGUGGUGGUGUUUAA